GUGGUGAUUUUCUCUUCACGUUGGUUUGUCUCCCCUCUUGCCUACCUUCGCUUGCACUCUACUCCUUUAUAUCUAUUAACUAUCACACUUAGCUUCUUCCCCCUUACUCUCACACACUCUCUCUAAACCACCAUCUUCAGAAGUAUUAGAGAGAGAGUCACCACUAUUAUAUUUCAUCUUCUGUAAUAUACAAUAAUGGAUGUCUACGGUGUGCAGUCUGCACCUGACUUGUUUCGUAUCGAUGAUCUUCUCGAUUUCUCUAACGACGAAAUUUUCUCCAUUAAUAACAACUCCUCCAACACCGGCUCCGACUCUCACCAUCAACCUCACUCUCACAACUCUUCCGCCGCCAAUUACUACGACGCUCUUCUUCCUAAUUCCUCCGAAGACUUCACUGAUAACCUCUGCGUCCCCAGUGAUGAUGUAGCGGAGUUGGAAUGGCUAUCGAACUUUGUAGAAGAUUCAUUUACUAAUUUUCCGGCUAAUUCCGUUACCGGAACGAUGAAUCUCAUCUCCAAUACUACGUCAUUUCACGGCAGGUCUAGAAGCAAACGUUCUCGUUCUACUUCAAGCUGGACAUCCUCACUCCAAAACACUAACGCUACUUCUAUGAAGAACAAGGAGAGCCCAAUAAAUACCAGAGAAAGGUCAUUUCCAAUGGUGGACGAAGAUGUGCCACGAAGAUGCACACACUGCGCUUCGGAGAAGACGCCUCAGUGGAGAACUGGGCCUCUAGGUCCAAAAACACUCUGCAAUGCCUGUGGAGUUAGAUACAAAUCGGGCCGGCUAGUCCCGGAGUACCGACCCGCAGCUAGCCCAACUUUUGUGUUAACACAGCAUUCAAAUUCUCACCGGAAAGUCAUGGAGCUCCGUCGACAGAAGGAAAUGAUUCAUCAACCGCAGCAACAACAACAACAACAAAUGCCGCCGUCGACGGAGGAGGGAAUGUACGGGCAUCACUUUCGGGUCUGCUGACGUCAUAUAAACAGAGAAGAGACACGUGUCUUCACCGUCGAGCUAACCGUGGACUUCUUUUUUAUUAUUAUCAAUAUCAUGCUAAUUUACAAUCUGAAACGUUUUUUUUUUUUUUAUCUGUUUAGUUUUUAUUUUCGGGGGGUUUUCUUGAGAAAAUAGAGUUGAGAAUAAUCCUUAUUAUUACUUGUUGUGUUGGUGUAAUAUUUGGAAAUUUGAG